AUGGCCAAAUUAUCUGGCUUUGACUAUGGCCCAUAUUUCCAGCAAGUUCGAAAUAUCUCAUACGACCGAUCUGGACAUGCCUCAGCCACUUUGGCGCUCGGAGGGCAUUCUGAGACCAUGCCAUAUGCGCAGGAAGAUCCAUGCUUCAUCUAUCCUACUACUUUGGACGCCAUCUAUCAUCUGCAGAUAGCAGCUUUGUCUAAAGGCGGCUGGGAGACCAUAACCACAAUGAUGUUUUCCCAUCUCAAGGAUCUAUGGGUAUCUCACAAGCUCCUCGCUGCUGGUGCAGAUUCCCAACUUCGAGCGGCAACUCACGAGACGAUGCCAUCCUUCAGAGAAGCUGAAUGCAAGACUAUUGUGCUGUUAGCUGACUCCAUGGAGCCAGUCCUCGUCGUUGAAGGGCAGCGUGGUACUGCAAUCACAAGCUUUCCAGGAUCAGCAUUCACCGAUGGAGAUGAUAGCGCGAGCAGGAUGUCAUACGGUAUCCCGUACCAGCCAGACCUGUCUCUACUUACCAUGGAGGAAACUGAAGACUAUCUCAUAUUCACCUUCGACAAUCCGAAAUACCGCCCUCUACCCAAGGAGACCGUGGAUCGCGGGGACGCAAUAUCACUUUUUUUUGUGGAAAACGUGCUCAAGCAGCUUGAUGUUGACGUGCCGCAGCACUAUGAAGACCAUUUUCGAGAGAUACGUGGCCAUGGAUGCGCCGUGUUGCCGCGAACAGACACAGAUUUCCUCGAAGAGGCUGAACACGAGCCUACUCAAAAGCUUGCGAAGAAGUUCGGGGAGAAUCUAUACCAAAUCUUGAAAGGGGAUGCGAAUGCUUUGCCGAUCAUAUUUGAGGGUGGAUCGGCUGACGCAUUUUACUAUUCCGAGAUUUUCUCAGUGGGCUAUCGUAAGGUUGGGGCACAUAUGAGCAUCAUGGCACAUAAGAAUCCCCAGCUGCGUGUGCUUGAGAUUGGCGCCGGCACAGGCAGCUCCACUGCCCAGAUCCUUCGGUAUCUAGUGCUCCAAGAGGGAAUGGCAAAAGAGCGUUUCAACAACAUCGCCAGCCAUAUACGCUUCCAGAAGCUAGAUCUCGAAUUCGAUCCAUGCUCCCAGGGGUUUGCUGAAGCGAGUUACGAUGUCAUUGUGGCAGGAAAUGUCCUUCACGCAACCACGGAUCUGAUUCAAACGCUGCAAUACGUCAAGAAACUUCUGCGCCCUGGUGGCAAGUUGAUAAUGGGCGAGACUACGAAUAUUGAUAACGUGCGCGACGGGUUGAUCUUCGGCCUUCUACCUGGGUGGUGGCUGCGUGAAGAGCAGUGGUGGUCGACCAACGAGGAAUACCAAGACCAGAGACCGCUACUCACAGAAGAACAAUGGGCCAGAGUUCUUCCAGAGGCCGGCUUCUCUGGGCUUGAUCUGAUUUUCUGUGACCAUGAUCAGCAGCCACACCACCGUGUGUCCAUUCUCGUCUCCUCUGCUACAGAUGAGCCCGUUGAGAAUUCAUUGUUUCCGCAAGACCCCACCAAAAUUCUCAUCAACCCCCGAUCUGGUACUCAGACAGCACCGUCAUUAGAUUGCUGGAGCUUCAUGGUUCUCUCUUUAAAUUUCAUCAACUUGAGCUUGGAGUGUUCAACACAGAGACUGCAUCAAUUUGCCGAUGCUACUCUGCGCGUACUUCGAAACGCUUCUUCUUCCCUCGAUCGUGUCCACGAAUCCGAACAUUCAGAGAAAGAUGGAGUUAUCCAGAUCCCUCGCGUGGCUCCCAUGGCAUAUCUCAAUGAUAUUAUUGUCGCAAGGUCCCGACAGCCGGACGAACAGACAUACGUUGUCGGGGGUGACGGUCCCAAACCGUGCUUCAACCUUACCAUCGAAACAUCGGGACUUUUAGACACCUUGUAUUAUGCCGAACAGGCGAACUACCAUGAAGAGUUAAAAGAAAAUGAGGUGGAGAUUGAGGUCAAAGCCACUAGUCUCAACUUCAAAGAUGUGAUGAUCGCGCUUGGGCAGAUCCCCGGAAAGGGCUUUGGCUUCGAUGGCUCCGGCUUUAUUUCUCGAACACCUCCGGGAAGCAACUUUUCUGUCGGAGAUUGGGUCAUGUACUGCACCUCUGCCGGUGGUGGAUUCGGAACCUUUGUCCAGUGCUCAUAG